AUGGUAAUAAAGAUUUGGAUCCUACUCUGUCUAUUUGUGGGAUGUUGCGUAGGAAACAGCAGUUUCAGACUUCAAUACAGCAGAUGCUCUUUCACUAAGCAGGAGCUCAAUGACUACCGGCGGGAGGUCCAGGAUCUGAUAUAUUUUGCUCAUGAUAGCUAUCUCAAGUACGGCUACCCGCACGAUGAAUUGAGGCCCAUAUCGUGUUUGCCAAAGACGAGGAAUUUCGCGGAUCCCAAUGACGUGAUCACGAAUGAUGUGUUGGGGAACUUUUCGGCAACGUUGAUCGACUCUCUUACAACGAUAGCUGUCUUGAAUGACAAACGGAGGUUCAAGGAAACAAUUGAGCUGAUAGCGCACACAUUUCCGCAGAAAUUUGACCUUGACUCAACAAUCCAAGUGUUCGAGACAACGAUAAGGAUCAUAGGAGGCUUACUUUCAUCCCACCUCUACGCGACCGAUCCAACCAAGGCAGUUUACCUGGGGAGUGCCUAUAACGGGGUGCUUUUGGACCUAGCGAAGGAUAUGGCGGAUCGAUUACUGCCCGCAUAUUUGACAUCAACAGGUCUGCCACUCCCGAGAGUGAACUUAAGACAUGGAUUGAAAACGAUUGAUAGUGACUUGCUGAUGGAAAACAACGUUGCUGCAAUGGCGAGUCCCAUGUUUGAGUUUACAGUACUUUCGUAUUUGACGUUUGAUGAAAAGUAUGCGGCCGUAACACGUUACGCAAUGGACAAGAUAUGGUCUUUGCGAUCGAACAUCGAUCUACUCCCGAUGUCUUUCAGUCCGCAUACCGGCCAAUGUUAUUCACCUGUCACUGGAGUAGGAGCAUCUAUUGAUUCAUUUUAUGAGUAUGCCUUAAAGGGCGCGUUACUCUUUGAUGAUAAUUCCCUUUAUGAGAUGUGGGACGUCUCCUAUCGAGCACUAACAACGUAUUGUAAGAGCGACUGGUUUUUCACGAAUGCGCAGUAUAUUACUGGGCAAACAGUUGUGUCGUGGAUCGAUUCACUAAGUGCUUUUUUCCCUGGGUUGCAAGUUCUAGCUGGUCAUGUGGAGGAUGCCAUUUAUAAAAAUAUCAUGUCGUUAAAGCUGUGGAACACUUUUGGUGGUGUUCCAGAAAGAUGGUUGUUUCGAGGGAACCUUUCUUUAUUAGAUGAGUCCCUAAAAAAGAACGUUCGAAACACUCGGGAAGAAGUAGCUAUCCCACAAGAUUUACACAGAGCGUUGGUUCCGUUAGAAUGGUAUCCCCUAAGACCGGAAUUCAUAGAAUCGACCUAUUACUUAUAUCGGGCUACAAAGGAUCCUUUCUAUCUAAACAUUGGAAUCAAUAUACUGGGAAGCUUGAAAACGAAAUUCAAUUUCAAAUGUGGGUUUGGUGGAAUGCAAGAUGUAAUCCUAGGAUCGCCACAGGAUCGGAUGGAAACAUUCGUAUUGAGCGAAACUUUGAAAUAUCUGUUUCUUUUAUUCGAUGAGAACAACGAAUUGCAUCAUAGUAGAGAUAACGUGAUUUUCAGCACAGAGGGGCAUCCAAUGUGGCUAAAAACAGAGGCUAUUCGACAAUAUUCAAGCAAAAGAUUCUUCAAUGAUACUGUUUAUUUGAAACAUUUACAAAAAUGCCGAAGGAAGGACAAGAUUGCAAUGAGAAGGAACAAUAGAAUCGACAAUAUGAAAAAUGCCUUAGCAGGGCUCGCAAAAUCUUUCUUUGUAGAUGAGAAAGAGGAUCUUUCGGGUGAAAAAAAAAACAAGGAUGAACAUAGAAGAGCAAAUUUGAGUCUCCUAGAUAGUUAUACUUGUACUGCGAGCUACAACCAGAAACACGCCACCAAUUGGCCAUAUUCUCCAAUUCUCAGUAGUUUCAAUAAACUGUUCGAAAUCGAAGCAAGUUUUGCAGAAACUCUGCGAAGACCUGCACAUAUGAUAGGAAAUACUGCGAUGGAGAUUGAACAGAAUUUUUACGAGCUGUGGGCAGAUCCCUUCCAGAGUAUUUGCCUCUUACCGACAACUACGGAAUCCGUCCAUCUUUUGAUAGAACAUCCUAAAGACGCCAAAUUGACAGUAUUGAAAAAUGGCGAUAUUUUUUGCACUACCUUGAAGGGAUCACUGAAAUUGGCGUUAGAGAAAGUCAAGACAGGUCAAAUAGAUAAUUAUGGCAACUACAUCACUACGGAGCUCUUCGAGAACAUUGACUGUGAUGAUAUCUUCAACCCGUACCAUCCCAAUAGACUAUAUUCUCCCAUAUUCCUCUACAGGGUUGUCGCCGUCAAUGGAAUAAAUCUUCAACAGGACGCCAACAUGAUCUUGGCUAGGGAUUUAAUUGUCAGCGAUCCUGGGCAGAUCAAAACUUUUACGCAAAUAUUUGGAUGCAAUGCAAAUAACCAGCUUUUGCUCGAGAACAUACCAAUAAUUAACUUUCUUCUAAUAUAA